AUGAAUGUAAAACAAGGUGAGUUAAUGAUUGGUCAUUUGGAAGUUAAUCGUUUCCUUGAUCGUUUAGAUUUCAUGAAUAUGAACCAAGAAUGUUUGAAACGAAUGUCGAAAGUUUUGGCUAAUUGGCCAGAUGCUGAUGUUCGAACAGUACCCAAUGUGAUGUAUCAAGUGCGAUGUGGUAACGAUGAAAACGAUCCCGCCAUCGAAUAUCAGAUCAAUUGGUUUAUGAACUGUGUAGAAACAUUCAUACAUAAUCAUCGCCAUUCCUUCGACUCGUUAUGUUUGGAAGGUGAAUAUACUGAAAACAUUUGGGAAGUAGUGCAGGAUGAUUCGAUCAUUUAUGAAUUUCUUCGGCGAUCUGAUAAUACUUUUGAUGAACCGAAGAAGAUAUCCGGUCGUCUUUGUCACGUAAGAUCGAGACAUCAUUUCCCAAACAAUAUUCUGCACGUCGAUACGGGAUUAUUUCAUUCCAUUAACGCUAAAGAAGGAGAUAACACUGACGAUAAACGAGUGCUGACCUUCCUCACAAAACGAAAAUGCUCGUUCCUGCAAAAAAUGUGCGUGCUGAGUUCGUCACCAACCAUUGAUUCAUUAGAUGAUGACAUGCGAAUGGCGACGGAGAUGGAGCGCAAGGAAGUGUAUGAUAAGCUCAGAGAAACAAUUAUGACACGAUAUCACUAUUCGCAGUAA